AUGAUGGCAGGCGACAUCAAGCGUCAUCUUAAAGUGCAUGUUGGUAAACAGAUCGAGGAGGAAGAUGUGCCGAGGGCUGCAGCGAUUAUGAAGGCAGGGAAGGCUACAAGGGGGCCAAGACAGGUGAGGGGGAAGAAGGAAGUGGAAACUCCGGGGAGAUUACGAAAAUGGUGCCCGGUAGACGGCUGCAACACAAUCACCAGCUAUCUUAAUCAGCAUCUGGUAAAGGCACACAGGUUAAAGAGCUCCCAUACCCAGUAUAGGGUCCAUCUCAAGGAGGCUAAAAGGUAUACUGGUAUCCAAGAGUUAGACUGCCUGCUCACUCUACCAUCCAAGGCACCGUCAUCCAAGCUGACAUCUCCGUCAUUCUUAACUGCUCAACCUAAUCCACGUGAACACAAAACCAACGAAGAUGAAGAAAUAGAAGAGACCCAAGGAAUAGAAGAGACCCAAGAACAAGAAGAAGAAGAAGAAGAAGAAUGGCAUCCAGAGGGAGAGGUGGAGGAGAGUGACGAAGAUUCUGAAGAUGCUCCAACCAUAAAGAUCAGGAAGGAGGAGUAUUACUCAGCGACAAAAUUUACGAGUUACCGCCACCAAUGGCUCUCUGGUUUCUUUAAGUACCUGAAGAGCCCAUCAGCGGGCUACAAAAAGCUUGAGAAUAGACUCCAGCACGUGGGCCAGGUGGAGAAGCUCUUGGAAACGCUGGACCCCAACGGUAAGGACAUCACCAUCCUAGGGGAGGAAUUUGGAGAUAUCGUAUGGAACAAAUGGGUCAGCCCACACCUUUCUGAGGGAACGAAGGCACCAGGUACGUUGGCCUCCUAUUUGACCAGUCUGGAAAAGUUUUUCGUUUUCGUCACGUCCGACAAGUACAAAAAGAAAGGAAAUGCCGCCGCUGCAUGGCAACGAUUUGGACUUGUUUAAGGGGCCAUCAACGCCCUGAAAGGCUGGCGUGUAACUAUCGAUAACGAAACCCAGGAUGUUCAGCACCGGACCCAUCUCAGAGAGUGCGAUACUCUCUUGACGGGAACAGACAUCAACCUUCUCUCUCAAUCAAAACCCUACAUAGAUGAUAUGAAGGCCAUAACUCAGGCCAAGGCAGGAAAAAGGCUCUCCAUACAACAAUUUACAAAUGCUCGCGAUCUUCUUCUGGUAAAACUCGCGCUACUUGUGGCAUCUCGACCUGCCCCGCUAGAGAAUGCUCUUCUUGAAGACUACCAAAAAGCGCAGGAGAAGGACGGAAACAGGGUCAUGUUAAUCCCGAAGCAUAAACGAUCUAGAGAGGGACCAGUACCACUUGGCAUGGAUAAAGAGGUGCAAGAUCUCAUGGAGGUCUAUGUCAAUAAGAUCAGACCACACUUUGUUGCAAAAGAUGUCAAACACCUCUUCGUUAAGAGUGACGGCCAAUCAUUCAACAGAAAUACCAUUGGAAAAAGAUUCUCUGCUUUCUUCGAGAAAAGUGGCGUGAGGACCGACAGACGCGUAAGCCAGACUGCUGUAAGAAAGUUUGUAACAACGGCAGCGAGAAGGCAUGCCCCAGAG